UCAUUUUUUCAGUCGAUGAUUAUAUUGUUUCAAGUAUUGUGUUGGUGUUGAUAUGUUGUGAACCUGUGUCGGUAUUGAUAUUGAUCUGUUGUGAACCCUAAUUGCAUUCUGGAAUCAUGUCUCCUCUUGUUACAUCCAGUUUUAUUGCUUCCGAGGCAGGUUUUGCUCCAUUUUUUGUCGAUCCAUCUCAUCCUUUAUACCUACAUCCUUUUGAUAAUUCAGGAACUGUUAUUGUCACUACUUGAUUAAAUGGGAAUGGGUAUGGUAGUUGACAUAGGGGGAUGUUGAUUGGUUUGGCCUGUAAAAAUAAAUUGGGAUUGAUUAAUGGUAAGAUAACUAAACCGAAUGCAAAUUCUCCUUAUUUUGAACCCUGGCGUCGGUGCAAUAACAUGGUCAUUGCGUGGAUACUGAAUAGUUUGGAAUUAGAGAUUAGAGAAAGUGUAAUGUAUGUCGAAUCUGCUGAAAAAUUAUGGACAGACAUAGAAAAGAGAUAUGAUCAGGCUAAUGGUACAAAAGUCCAUCAAAUUCAUAAAGAACUCUCUUCAAUAUCCCAAGAUUCCUAAAACAUUGCUUCAUAUUUCUCUAGGAUUAAGAAAUUAUGGGAUGAGUUAGCGACUAUACCACCUAUCCUAAUUGUGUGUGUGGUUGUCUUGAGGGUUUCCAGGAAUUAGAGGAGGAGCAAAAACUACAUCAGUUCUUGAUGGGGUUAAAUGACAUUUAUUCCAUUGUUAGAAGAAAUAUCUUGUUAUUAAAGCCUCUUCCAGAUGCUGAUACUGCUUAUGCUAUGUUGAUCAAUGAUGAGAUCCAAGUUGAGGUCCAAUCUUUUGUCCCCUCGUUCACUUCUGAUUCGGCAUCCUUCUCCACGAGGAUACAAAGACCUUUUAAUGGCUCCUUUUCACUCAGGACACAAAAAACAUACUUUCAAAAGGUUAAUUUUGAUCCUAGAAGCUCCAACAUGUUCUGCAAGUACUGUACGAAGCUUGGUCAUCUAAUAUACAAGUGUCGUAGUCUACAUGGUCAGCCCAGUAAUCCUCGUCCUCCUUAACCCAAUCCUCAGCCCAAUAACUUCAAAAGGUUUGCUGCUUAUGCCCAAGUUUCAGAACCUCCAGGUUUGGGUUUGGGUCAGGCAAAAGGGUUUCUCAAUGAAUGCAAAUCUCCACAGUAUGAAAUUCAGAGUUAUGGUUUCACCAAGGAACAAUAUGAACACCUGCUAUCUCUUUUCCAACAACCUAGAGUUCCUUCAUAAGACACUUCCACCUUUGGUUUUGCAAAUUUUGCCUCUGGCUCUCCACAUUUUGCAGGAUCCUUCUUUGAAGAGGCCACUGGCUCUUGGUAGAGUAUUCAAUGGCCUUUACAUUCUUCAGCCAGAUUCACCCUCACAAUCGUCCAUACCUGCUGAUACUUCUUCUGAUGAUGUUAGGAACACUAGUUCUUUUCCUUUUGAUUCACAUUCUGCCAAUAUUGUUAAUACCAUUGGAUUGAAUAAAAAUGUUCCCUUUUCUGUACAGUUUGCUAAAUGUUUUUCUUCUUCUGAUUCUUCUAUAAUUGAUUCUGAUAUGUGUUGGCAUCUAUGACUUGGUCAUAUGCCUUUUAGUAAAAUGAAAUCAAUUAGUCAU